AUGUCUCUCACGCCCUCAACGGCGUACUUGGGCUAUCGACGGACAUUGUCGGAAAGUUCGAAGCAGACCCAGAUGCUUUGCCUUGUUUCCGACCGUCCACGUGAUCCAUCAGACUGGACUGAAGAACACGUGAAAAGUUAUAUGAAACGGCUCUCGCUCCGCUCCACGACAGAGUUGGAGGAUUGGAUCACAGAUCAACACCUUACUGGUAGAUUCUUUAUCCAACUCAAUAGUGAAGAAAUAUACAGGUUUGGACAUAGUCUCGAACUAAACAGGGACAUUCAAGAAUUGUCCCAAAGCCUUCGGGAAAGGGCGGAUCACAUUAGUAGUCCGAUAAAAAUACGCCCACCAAAAGUGUGGAACCUAUUCGAUCCUGUUGCUUCUAUUACUACUGCCAAAUCCCACAUUUCCAAUAAGAUUGAGGAGACAAGUGUUCACAGCGCUAGCUCUUCACGCGACAAUGAAGACCCUGUGAACAACUUGCAGGAUCGUGCGCAGACCGCCGGUACCAAACUCGGGGAUCAUGGUGGGGCUCGCAUACAUGGAAUUUAA